AUGUCAACGACAAUCACUGUCGCUGUUUUUCGGGGCGACCCGCUUGACUGGGCCAUGUACCGCCACACGGCAAUCCAUGUUCAAUACGCAGACGGAGAAGACAACAUUCUGCACGUUACUGGCGCACAUCCGUUCUUCGAAUACAUGCUCCAAAACGACCACCCGUCACAGGUCAGCGCGAAGCUCGAAGCUUUGAUCCCGGUAUCAAGUCCCUCGGAUGACUUUACUAAGGCCAUGAUUCAAAGCAUGUGUGCUAUUACUGCUGUGCGAAACGACUUGGAGCACACAGAUUGGAAUUGCCAGAAUUGGGUUGGGGAGGCGCUGGCGAACUUGGUAGCUAUUGGAUGCAUUACUCGAGAAGAAAGAUCGGACGCGCUCGAAAAGAUGGUUGAUGUUUGUUUGGAGGCUGAAGAUGAGCCCAAGGAUAUGUGA